CACCCGAGCACAUCACUGACUGCAUGCCCACACCUCUGGGAAGACUGUACGGAUUCUCCUUGUUUUUAUUUUUUUGUUGUUGUUAACGCCAUUUUCUUUUUGGAUUCGUUUUUUAUUACAUUAUCCGUGUUUUUAUUUAUUUAUUUAUUUAUUUAAUAACGCAUUCCUUGAUAUGGUUGUUCGAGUAUUACCUUGAUGCGCAGCAUAUUAAAGGAUAUACAGAAGCAGCCAUUACUGCAGUUCUUGUUUUCUCACAUUGUGGUGGGCAACAUCGGGCGGGAGUGGAGUAAAAGAAUCCUGGAGGAGGAAAAGAGCUCCUUCAAUCAUUCUCCACCCAGACACUAUUGUUGUCUAGGCUGAACACGAGAUCAUAUUUUGAUGCCGAUCUUACACUAAGCCUGGUGUCUGGGUCCCCAAUUUUGGAAGCAUCAAGCUGAGAUCCUCAGCUCCAGUCUCAGGCAUAUUCUGUGCAUUUUCUGUGUGGACUGUGUGGCACAUUUAUCUUUGGCAUCAUGGGAACCGUCCUGUCGCUGUCUCCCAGCUAUCGGAAGGCUGCCCUGUUUGAGGAUGGCCCAGCCACAGUUGGUCCAUACACUGCGGUUCAAAAUAGCAAGAAUGCCAAAGACAAGAAUUUGAAGCGUCACUCACUCAUAAAUGUGUUACCGUGGAAGCGGAUAGUAGCUGUUUCAACCAAGAAAAAGGGUUCUAAGAAGGUGCAACCCAACACAACAUACCAGAACAAUGUCACCCAUCUGAACAAUGAGAACCUAAAGAAGUCACAAUCCUGUGCCAACCUUUCCACAUUCACUCAGGAGCAGUCAAGCCCAUCCAACCAAGGCUCUAAAAGCUCAAACAAUGUGGUCUCAUCUCUCAAGAAAGCACCUGUGUCCAACUCUAGUGUGGCUCCUGGUACACCCAAGAGGGUGAUCGUUCAGGCCUCGACCAGCGAGCUGCUGCGCUGCCUUGGUGAAUUCCUUUGUCGAAGAUGCUACCGCCUCAAGCACCUUUCUCCUACUGACCCAGUGUUAUGGUUGCGCAGUGUGGACCGUUCCCUGCUGCUGCAAGGCUGGCAGGACCAAGGUUUCAUCACCCCAGCUAAUGUUGUCUUUGUUUACAUGCUCUGUCGAGAUGUGGUCUCUUCAGAACUAGCCACAGAACACGAGCUGCAGGCAGUGCUUCUUACCUGUCUUUACUUGUCCUACUCCUACAUGGGCAACGAAAUCUCUUAUCCUCUCAAGCCAUUCCUGGUGGAAAGCUCGAAGGAGACCUUCUGGGACCGCUGCCUGUCCAUAAUCAACCUGAUGAGUGCCAAGAUGCUGCAGAUCAACUCAGACCCACACUACUUCACCCAGGUGUUUGCAGACCUCAAGAACGAAAGCCAGAAGGAAGAGGAGAGGAGCCGUUUACUCAUUGGGCUUGACCGGUGAGGGAAUGCUGAAGAGUAUAAAGCGGGCUUGCACCCUAGUCUGGCAUUUUCAAACAGGAUUCCAAAAGUUUUACUAGUCAGCAGUCUCUGUAUUACCAGAAUGCAUUUUAAAUCAGUACACAUUUCCCAUUAAGGAGGUAUGAAUGAUCACUGGCAUGAUUUAGAUGUUGACAAAGCUACUGAAUUUUACCAAUCUACUUUUCAAAGUUUCACCAGGAUCGUAUUUGGUGAUGGUUUAGGGCAAAUAUGCCAGACUUGGGUGCACCCAAGUAGUCUUGUAUAAUUAAUAUUUAAAUUCACCCACCAAAAAAUCUAAAGACAUCAAGAAGAUCAAAAUGGAAAAACACAGCAAGAAAAACAGUAGGAGUAGAAGCAUCAAUUUACAAGUAUGAAUGUGUAUGAAGGCCUGUGUGGCCACAGACUACUGAAGAUGUGCACUGCCUUUUGUGUAAUGGUGUCUUACCAUACUGGUUUGCUGCGGAAAGUGAGGACUAAAACCGUGACUACAAGGCAGAGGACAUCAAAACCUACACUGCAGCCACUCUAUUGGAUGCUCAUUAAAUAAAACACACUUUGGCUUUAGUAGCAUUGCAUAUAAAUAUGUCUUGUGAUGACAGUAAGGAGAAGAGGAGCUCCAGUUAUACAUAUAUUUUAUUGAUGAAUUUUGACAAUGUGGCAGCACUGCACAGCAGGGUUUCAAAGACAACAUGAGGUAAAAGGUGUUAGGCACACUGUUAAAGGCCUACUUUAUUUUCAUCAAUAUGGAAUUAAGUUCCUCUGCAGUGCAACUCUGGGACUCUAUUCAUUACUUGUUUCUUUUUUACUCCGAAAUGUAACCGAAUGCAUGUUAGCCAUGCAAUUUUGUAUGGUUUUUGAAAGUAAAAACAUUUUAUUUAUUUACUUCCAUUCAAUCUUCAGCACCAACUGCAUCUGCGAUUAGGGAAUGCAUUUUUUUUUUUCAACAAAAUGUACGUUUAUUUAGCUAUGCUUGCUACAGUGAGCCAUGAUUGUACAAAGUAUCUUCUGUUUUGUGUCCCAUUGUUUCCCUGUCUAGUUGGGCAAGGAUCCAUAUAGACAAAAAAAAAAAAUCAUAAUGUAAAUUUUGCAUAACCAGUGCCAUACCUUUGAUGAAAAUCAUGUAGGUCUAAAAAAUACACCAAAGGGGGCAAUUAAUGGUUCAUUAAUUCUAAGUAAGAAUAUCUAUUCAGUCUUAAUUUAUUGUUGUUUAUUUAUUCUCUUAGCACAUCCAUUGUAUUUAAAAGUUUAUUACUGUAUCGUGUAAAUGACUAGUACAAUGGCUACUUUUACAUGAUGUAGCAUUUAGAUGUAGGAGAUUUGUGAUAAACCUGGUUACCUUUGGUGGAAAUGAAGAUUGUGGUUGAUGCAUUUUGAAGGAUUUACCUAGGGAUAUUCCAUCUAAGAGCUUCAUUUAUAACUAAUGACAAAUCUGAGGAUCACCAAGGGUAUUCAUAUGUGCAACUAAGAGGCACUGUUGGUUUCAGUCUAAGGGAAAUACAGUACCCGAAACCUUUCUUUCUCCAGAUAUUCCACAUUUUUAGUCAAAUAAAAGAAAGGUAGUAGAGAUAAUCAUUCACAGGCAGUUUAGUUUUGGCAUUUUAUGUCAUGUAAAAUUACUGGAGAUAAUGAAAGCCUGAGAGGGAAAUUGCAUCAUGCACACAAACCAAAUAUGAAGAAAAUGAUUAAAGCGUGAAUGAGUUUUAAUCCUCAUCAAGAAUUUUAGGAGAAUUUUUGUUUUAAAAAAUCUGAUGUGGAUCUUCAGGCAUGAUAUGACAAUGAAAUGGUUGAUCAGGGGAGAGACUCUAUUCAGAGUGAAUACUGAAAUAAUGUGAUACUAUUAAUAAUAAAUUAUGUCAUGAAUUAGUUCUAAAUAUGGAUAACUGACAUUGCCAUCCUGUCAGUUUUUUUUAUUAGGGCAGAAAAACCUUGCUGUAAUUUUGAAACCUGCAAUUGCAUUAUGAAUAUUAGACUGAAACCUCAAAGUUGAUCUUUCUAUACAUCUCAGCAAUGAUAAAUUACGCAUGCUUUCUUUCAGUAGAAUAUUUCUUUACAGACAUAGGAAAAGUGUUACUCAUCAUCUGUACAGUAUGUUGUUCCAUGUUGGCUAUUUUCUCGUGAUAUGAUGGUUGAAGGCUUUCCCAAACCACUUAACCACUGAGAACUGAAGAUGAAUGGAUGGAAGGGGAACUGUAUGAAUACUUGCCCUUGCUGCUGCAUUGCUGUGUGUGACAGAGGGCAUAACGGAACCAAGAGGAGAAUGUGACAAGUGGUUGUUAAUGUGCAAUGAGUUGACAGAUAUUACAGUCAAAUAAGGACAAUAAGGCCAUAAGGACUUGCACUUUUCUCCAGAUACUACUACUUUGGGAAAAAUUGAAGGGGCUUUCAGAACCUGGGGACUAAAACAGAAGCGUUCCCUUCACUGCCUGCUUGCCAUCACUUACCACUGAUCACAAUAAUGUGCCAUUUCCCCCCAAUUACAUUAAUGGCUUGUCAUUUGUUACAACUUUAAAAGAAAGAAAUGAGAACAUUUAAUUUUUUUUCAGUAUCUUGAUAUAUUUCUUUGUAGAUCAAAAAGAAACAGUGUUUCAAAACAAAAAAGGAAAGGCUCUCUCAAUGACUGCAUGUGUGCGUGAGAAUGAGAGUUCAUUUGUAUAGAAGAGUGUGUACGGUAUUUUUUCCUAUGGGGGCUGGGGACAAUGUAAGGCAAUGCUUUUAAGAUGAGAAACCAACAUGGGCUGGUACUUGACACUUGGGUGGGCAGGGUAUUAAACUGUUACAAGUACAAAACAAGCUGUUGCUGUAAUAGAUUUUUUCAGUUUAGUUUGGCUUAUUUUUAUUUAUUUUUGUACUGUGAUGGAAAAACAU